UAAAAGAUAUUUUUUAUUUGCAUUUUUAAUUUUUUGUUUAAAAAAGGAAAAAUAAAAAAAAAAUAUUUUAAAGCAGAAUUUAGAAUUUUGUCUUUAGGGGAAAUUUUAUUUAAUAAAAUUAGCAAAAAUGGUUCCGGAUUAACAUAUACACAAACAUAAAACAAUAAAACUCAAAAAAAACCCUAAAUUACAUAAAGACUUGUUAACUAAAUGAAUAUCAAUUCAAAAGGAGCGCCUUUAAAUAAGAAAAGAGAGGAGGUUCGGAUAAGGGCUGGACGAAAUCCACAGGAUUGCGUGGAGUGUUUUUUUUUGACUUGCGGAUUGCGGCUGCAGAUUUUAAAAUUAAAAUUGCGGCUGCUGAAACUUUUUUUUCAAUUGGUUCGGAUCGUUAGAUUUUCUUAA